AGUUUGUCGCAAACCCACCAAUCCCUAGGGUUCGGAAAUACCCCAAAGACCCUCUGACCCAAUUGGGAUCCGGUCGAUGCAUUUCUCAUUUCAGCCUCCCGGAUGGUCUCCACUGUCUUGGUCAUGUGAUUGCCUGCUGUCUGUGCCCAGCCCUGGCCAGCCCCGAGCAGGAGAGGAGCAUCUUUCACUUGUACGGCUAUAGAGGAGAUCGGCACCUGUCGAAUGGACCGUCUGCUGCCAAACAAGGACAAACAUAUUCAGGACAAGUGAGAAAGACUUCCACAGACUCGGACAGGCUGCAUGUUGUAAUGGGUACACUUCGGGACCUCCAAUUUGCCCUGCAACUAAAGAUUGAGGAGCUUCGCCAGAGGGACACACUAAUAGAUGAGUUAGAGUUGGAGUUGGAUACAAAGGAUGAACUCAUUCGGAGACUGCAGGAAGAACUGGAUCGCUACAGAGCUUCUGUCUCCCUCCCAGGAUCCUCUACAGCUAGUGCAGCUUGCUCAGUUCAAAGUGAGGACUCGCAGAGGACCAAUAGGAAAACAGUCAUUUCUGAGCCCUGCUGUCUGGACCCAGUGACUCUCGCCAUGGUUUCACACAGAAGCUGUGACAAAAGCCAGGAGUCUCAGAGGCUGAUUCAGGCAGCAUUUUUGAAGAACGACUUGUUGAAGAACCUUGACAAAGAAGAAAUCAGAGCCAUCGUAGCCUGUAUGUGUCCCACCAUUAUCAAUCAAGGCUGUUAUGUCGUUCAGGAGGGGGCCAACGGGGCUCAGGCUUAUGUUUUAGAAGAAGGGCGGCUGGAAGUGACAAAAGACGGACUGAAGUUUCUCACAAUCGAGCCAGAAGACAUGUUCGGAGAGCUGGCUCUCCUCUACAACUGCACACACACCUACUCUGUGUCAGCGCAGACGGACAGCAAGCUCUGGGUUAUUGAUCGUAAAAGCUACCAGACUAUACUUAUGCAGAGCGGUCUCAACAGCCUUUCUCAUUCAAUGGAGCUGCUUAGCAGCGUUCCCUUCCUGCAGUCUUUGCCAGAGGAUGUCAUCAUGAACAUGUCCGAUCUCAUGGAGGAGACACACUACAGUGAAGGUGACUACAUCAUUCGACAAGGGGCAACAGGAGACACCUUUUAUAUCAUUGGCAAAGGCCAGGUGAAAGUGACAGAAAAGAAGUCAGACCAUGAAGAGCAGAUUGUCCUUUCUAAGCUCUCUGAGAGACAGUGGUUUGGAGAGAAAGCUCUGUGGGGAGACGAUGUUCGGACUAUGAAUGUGAUUGCUGCAGGUGAAGUUACAUGCCUGGUCAUAGACAGGGAGACCUUUAAAGAGUUGGUGUUUGACUGCAGUCAUGAGGUGCAGCAAAGCAAUGAAUCCAAAAUUGAGUCGGAUAAAGAUCCUGAUCUCUUCUCAUCGUCCACCUUAAGUGAUUUCCAGAUUGUCUGCACUCUAGCAGUUGGGGAGUUUGGUCACGUAGACCUGGUGCAACUAAAGAGCAACAACAAGUGUCUUUAUGCCAUGAGGGUGCUUAAGAAGAAGCUGAUCCUCAACAACGGUCAACGAGAGCACAUCCUGAGAGAAGGCCACAUCCUAAUGGAGGCUCAUUGUCCAUUCAUAGCCAGGCUUCACAAAACCUUUAGAGACGCCGAGUGCUUGUACAUUCUGACAGAAGCUUGUCUCGGUGGGGAUUUAUGCAAUCUACUCAAAGAUAAAGGAUUCUUGGACGAAUGCAGCACCAGGUUCUACACGGCUUGUGUUGUUGAGGCCUUGACCUUUCUUCACUGUCGAGGUGUCGUCUAUAGAGACGUCAAGCCUGAAAAUGUUGUUCUGGAUGAGCGUGGUUAUGCCAAACUGAUUGGCUCCAGAUGUCUGAAGAAGGUUGAGGUGGGUAAGAAAACCUGGACGUUCUGCGGUACACCGGGCCACAUGGCACCGGAAAUCAUCUUGAACAAAGGCCACAGUAUAUCUGCAGACUUCUGGUCACUGGGUGUUUUUGUGUUCGAACUUCUGAGUGGUGGGCUCCCAUUCAGCGACUCUGACCCGAUAAAAAUUCUCACUGCAACCAUCCGUGGCAUCGAUCAGAUCGACUUCCCUAAAACCAUCAGCAGAAGUGCCUCCAGUCUAAUAAAGAAGCUGUGCAGGAACAAUCCGUCGGAGAGACUGGGCAGUCAGAGAAGCGGGGUCAAGGACAUCCAGAAGCACAAAUGGUUUGAAGGAUUCAACUGGGACGGACUCUGUAAAGGCACAUUAAACCCUCCAGUUAUUCCCAAAGUUAAGGAUCCUUUGGACAGCAGUACAUCAUGUGCUCAUUACACCGAGGGACUCAGUGGAACUUUGUACAAACUGGGAUGAUUUCUGAACUGGGGUGAAUCCUUGACUGACAAUAAUCCAUCACUUUCAGGAUUUAGUCCUCAUAAACUAUAAACUGCCCUCAGUCUUACUGCAAUCAAUAAUUUAUUAUAUUUUCAGACAACUAAAUAAAUAUUUUUCACAGUAUCAGUUACUGCAGAUAUUAUUUGAUAAAUGAACCAUGCUGCCUACUGUGUUAAACUCAGACUGUUUUUGAUGUACACUCCCUAUAGAUUCAUAAACAUAGGACUUGAUGUCACUACUGUUGAAAGUAACUUAAUAAACAAAUAGUCUGUAACAAACUGUUCUUUCUUUCUUCCUAAAUCUGCAAUCUCACGAUGACUUUCACUUGUUUUGGGAUUGUACAACUGUCACUAUUUGAUCUCUCCCCAAAAGGCCUGAAUAAAAUUAAGAAGUGACGUCAGAGUCGGCCCAGUCGUGCAGAAAAGCGUCAAGCUACAAAAAGGAACAAAGAUAAAUACAGGAAGUUGAGUGAUCUUUACUUCAAAAUAAAGUAGCCUAACAUAAUUAAAUUGUUAAGAAAGUGUUAGCCUGUUGAGGAUGUCAGGCUAAAAAUAACUACAAUGAUAUAUCCUACUGACAUCUUUAGAUUAGACCGAAAUAUGGUGUGAAAUGUGGUUGUUAUAAAGACGGGGUGACAAUGUGAUUUGAUGUGUGGCGUGGCUUAAACAAAGGAUGCUUUAUUGAAAGGUAGAAUUCAUUGAUUUUGUAGCUAACAAUAUCUAGCUUUGAUCAAUAAAAAAACAGCAAAAAUAAAUAUAUUCAGCAAUUGUUU